CACGAGACUGUGUUGUUUGCUCCCGUUUAAUUUAAAGAGAGGCUGCUCACUGCAAGUGGUGUUUUCGGUACGGAUGGAGAACCGUGUGUGGUGGAUGAUGUUAUUAAACAUCAAUAAACCCAAUUGCGUUGUUCUGAGUUGAUGUUGCUCAAUAUGGGACUUAAACGACUGGUUUAUUUGUUUAUAUUUUGUAUUCUUUAUGCAUGUCAACUCUAUGUCCAUUGCGAGAGACAGCAUCUUCACUAUGUGUACACCGCUUACCAGCCUGAAUCUCUCCCUGGUCCUGUGUUCAGUGCUGUGGGUCUGCUUAAUGACAGAAGGAUCUCUCGCUACAGUAAUAAAGAACAAGAGUGGAAAAGAGAGAGUGCACUCCCAGAUUUCUGGAGAGAUGCUCCCAGAGGACCACCUGAGUCUAAACACUGGUUUCUAAAUCUGAUGAAUAUUCUGUCAAACUGCACAAGCUCCAGAUGUCCUGAGCUCCAUGUACUACAGAGGAGAUUUGGCUGUGAGGUGGAGAGACAUCCUGAUGGAACAGUGAAGACACUGAAGGUCUUUGAUGAGUAUCAGUAUGAUGGAGAGGAUUUCAUUGCCUUUAAUUUUGACACCAUGCAAUGGACGGAUAAAAGUCCUCAAGCCAAAGCAACUAAAAUGAGGUGGGAUGGUCAAAAAGAACGGAAUCAGGACCUCAAAGCAUACCUCAAGAUCUGCAUGGACUGGAUAUCCACAUUGAGUUCUUCAAUAAAGAUUUAUCCGGAUAUUAACAUGUUUGCGUUUGAAGCUCCUAAUGACAAAAGUAAGCUGAUUCUGACCUGCAUGGCCACCGGUUUCUACCCCCGAGAUGUGAAGAUGAACGUGACAUUACUCGGUGGUCAUUCUGAACUUUCAAACUCAUCUGAAAUCAGACCAAACGAUGAUGAAACCUUUCAGCUGAGAAUCAGUGUGGAGAUCAACAGACAUUAUAAAGAUGGUUAUCAGUGUCAUGUCGUUCACAGCAGUUGGACACAGCCAGUUUCCAAAGAAUGGGAUGGAAAAUGCAACAACUGCAGUGAAGAAUCUAGAUCACGUUAUUCAAUAGUAGCAGCGGUUGCAGUUGUAUUUGUAGUUGCAGUUGUAGUUGCAGUUGUCGGUCUUGUGGUAGUUUAUAUAAGAAGACAAAGGUGA